UCCCUUUUCCGCUUUCCCCAGGGCCUCUCGCUGUCUCUCUCGCCCUCAUUACUGACCCUUCCUCGCUACUCUCUCCUCUCCCUCUCUUACUCCCCUCCUUUAACCUCUCGAUCUUUCCCGAUCCUUUCCAGCCAGAUUUCCACGCCUCCCACGUUCGAUACCUUUGUCACCAUCACCACCACCCUGGAGUAAAUUCCAUUCACGUCGCCCCCUCCGGUGACUCCCACCUAUUCCGACCAUGGCGGACGGCAAACCCCAUUAUCGGGCCGCCCAGCCUGCCUCGAACAUGAGCAACACCACCACGUACGAUGCCACCACUCUCAGCCAUGAGUUCGAACAGUUGAUGCGCACCAAGCGAUUCAAUCAACUUCACGAAUCAUCCCGAUCGCGAUCUGGAUCUCAGUCGCCGGCCCCUUCACACACCAGUCACUCGAUCCCGCCGCCCUCACGAGCGCCGCCACCUCCUCCCUCCCUUGGCACCGAACCGCGCCCGAACUCACAACAACCCUCAUCUAGCCCAGCUCUCCGUGGUCUCCCCAUUAUGCCAUCUCCUCCUCAGGAUGCGGCCUCGCUCAAGUUCUUCAAUUUGCUCAAGGGCCUUUCGGUGACGCCGACCAAGUACGAAAACCCAGGUCUUCUCGACGAAGCCCUGUGCACUCUCCCCCUGGAUCGCCUGUAUGCCGAAGCCGAAGAGGAGUCUCAGAUCAUGCAGGCCCAGGCGGCCAGCAUGGGAGGAAAGCCAGAAUGGGGAUAUCAGGAUUGUGUGAUCCGGGCAUUGUUGAAGUGGUUCAAGGGAUCAUUCUUCCAAUUUGUCAACAACCCUCCAUGCUCCAGGUGCUGCCUGCCUACGAUCGCACAGGGUAUGACGCCUCCCAGCCCCGACGAAACCGCCCGUGGCGCCACUCGAGUCGAGCUGUAUCGCUGCUCCGGGCCGAGCUGCGGCGCUUAUGAGCGAUUUCCCCGUUACUCCGAUGUCUGGCAAUUGCUGCAAACUCGCCGUGGGCGAGUGGGAGAGUGGGCCAACUGCUUCAGCAUGCUCUGCCGUGCUGUCGGUGCCCGGGUUCGUUGGGUAUGGAACUCGGAAGACUACGUCUGGACCGAGGUGUAUUCCGAACACCAGCGUCGCUGGGUCCAUGUGGAUGCGUGCGAGGGAGCUUGGGAUCAGCCUCGUCUCUACACCGAAGGCUGGCGCCGUAAGAUCUCUUACUGCGUUGCUUUCUCCAUCGACGGUGCGACCGACGUCACUCGUCGCUAUGUUCGCAACUUCGCCAAGCACGGCAGCCCUCGCAACCGUACCUCGGAGGAGGUCGUUCUGUGGUCGAUCCACGAGAUUCGCCGAAAGCGUCGUGAGAACAUGUCCGAGGCUGACCAGCGUCGCCUUAUCAAGGAGGAUGAACGUGAGGAGCGUGAGCUUCGUGGAUUCACAGCAUCCGCCCUAGCAGCCGAGAUUCAGAACAUCCUUCCACGCAGCUUGGUAGGACGUCCUGAUGAGCAGAAGCACGCUGACGCUCGCCGGGAAGCUACCUCGGAGUGGCUCAGCGCCCGGGGCCACGGUCACUCGGGACCGGAUCGUUCCAACGGCGGACCAUAGACUUACCCAACGCUGCGAGAAUCUUUUUAUCUCCUACGACCAACCCUACCUUAUGACGGCUCACCGGAUCCUUUUCCUAGGUUCUUGAUCUCAUUAAACGUUUGGACGACUCGAUGAUCCUCAUCCAGCUCAUUCCAGCGGAUGAAACUGGACCGGGCGCCCGACUACCCACGUCGACAACGUGGACACCCCCUUCCCGAUGGGAGUCACGACGGUCGCAUCGGCUCACGCUCUACGGUGCAUGGCCUCCCAAAGAUGGCCACUGCUGGUCAGAUACCAGCCUGUAACCGUGACUCGAAAAUCGAACAUCCCUGCGGUCUACCUGCUUGACUCGCACACCAGUUUUGACUGAUGAACUCCGAGGCGCAGUAGCCACUGAUCAUUUACAUCGAUCACCAAAACAAUUCUGCCUCCUAUUAUGGUUGACCGUCUUCCAUACAAGUUUACUACGUCUCCCUAUUUUGGACAGUCACACUGUCUAGAGCAAGACAGCAUUAAUUUCUUUCUUUGGAGUCUCCAGACUCCACCAAUCCUGGGUCUCCUUCUCUAUUCGCAUUCUGGCGUCUCGCUUUGGCCUCUGUUGCUUGCACGGCGCUUGGUGAUGAUUUCCUGCGUUCCUCCCUAUCUUGAAUUUGGGAAUUCUUGCCCGACGGCAUAUCUUGGUUGUACGAGACACGUUGCAGCCAUUUCUUUCACUGUGAUUCUUUUUCCCAUGUAUCUGUCGCAAAUCCCCUCCCGGAGCGACCUCUUUCGCUUUUCUCCCAUUUCUGGGAUGAACUUUUCCUAUCGCGAGUACACCAUCUACUCAUUUCUACCUGACCUUCUCUACUAUAAUCUUGGAUAUUUCUCACUACCUCUUGACUACCAAUACCAAUUACUAAUACCUUUUGAACCUC